AUGUAUGUGGUCAUUCAAGCAGCACCUUUUGGCACAGGUGAAUCUAUGGCAACAAGUGAAAGUCAAAAAUACACUUGCAGGACAUUCGGCAGUGGAGUCGUCCAGCCUUUCCAAGGUUCAGGAUUCUAUGUGCAUUCCAACUGUCCCUUCACCCUCACUCGAUUCACCCACAACCGAGUUGAAUGCGACGUCUCUAUACGUCGAGGGAACAGUGGCUUGUUGGUGCAAGUCGAGAUCAUCAUCAAUAAAGUCAGGACUGUCCUUCAGAAUGGAAGCAUACUGGUGGAGGACAAAAGUGUUUCUCUUCCAUAUGAUCACACCUACCAGCAUAUUUUUCAGUACGGCAUCUACACUAAACUGAGGAGCUCAAUGCUGCCUCUCUCAGUCACCUGGCACAGUGUACCUGGAGGAAUAGACACUCUUUGGGUGGAGCUGAGGCAAGAGCUGAGCACUGACAUGACUGGACUGUGUGGAAAACACAACAAUGAGCAGCAGCUGGUCAGAGAGAGCGUGCUCCCUGAUGACACGUGUCAAACCAGAGAUUCCGUGUCAGCUCCUAAUUCAGUCUGCAACCAAUUCUUCUCCCACAUCAUGGGUUAUCUACAGUUAAGCUGGCUUCAUUACCUUCAGCUGUGUUACAAGAACAUUUACAGCUAUGAAGACAGCAAAUAUAUCAGCUGUGCUUUCUUCAAAGAGAUUGGGCAGCUUUUUGGAAAAAGGGGAUCUUUCUGGAACAAAACGAGUUCCAUAACCAAAUGCGAUCAGCCGACCUGUCCUGGAAAUCUGGUUUAUCAAGCAGAAGGUGCCCCCUUUGUUCCUAGCUGCUCCAAUCCCAACCCACAGGUCACCAACCAGGAUAUCACUAGCUCCUGUGUAUGCCCGGAGGGCAAGGUGCUUAAUGAUCACUUUCCUGGCUUCAGCUGUGUGAAUCCAGCCAGUUGCCCCUGUGUGUUUGCUGGCCAGACCUACUUAACUGGACAAACACGUAGCACCAAGUGUCAGUCAUGUUUGUGUGAAGGUGGAAAGUGGCGUUGCUCUGAAGACGUCUGCCCAAGAAAAUGUCUGAUUGAAGGACAAUUUGUGACAACAUUUGAUGGCAAACAAUAUGGCAUCCCUGGUAAAUGUGCAUUCGUGGCAUUACAGUAUCUCAACUGGACAGUGUUGAUUCAGUUUUCUGAUAAGGAUGUGUCACUGAAAAAAGCUGUUCUUCAGCAUAAUCAGGAAACGUAUACAUUCAAAAAUGACAUGGUGCACUGUGAAAACCAAGAGAUUAGUGAAUUUUAUCAGUCUGAUCAUGCUCAAAUUUACUGGCAGUCCUCAAUGCACGUCCAAGUUGAGACAUCCUCUGAUAUUAAGAUCCAAGUCCAGUUGUCUCCAGAAAUCCAGCUCUACAUCUCUGCUCCUACAAAACACAAGGGCACAAUGUCAGGUCUUUGUGGCAACAACAACGGGGACAGCACAGACGACUUCACCAGCAGCAGCGGCAUCAUCGAGAACUCUGCUGAACAUUUUGCUCUGUCCUGGAGUCUGGGCGCUUGUGCAGUGAAUAUUCCCACCACCUGCAUCAACACCCACAAUGAAAUGUUUGCUAAUGAAAAGUGCUCUCUGUUAAACAACCCAACUGGAAUAUUUGCCAAGUGCCAUGGACAUGUGCCACCUGACCAGUACUACACAGCUUGUAUCCAAAGAACCUGUAACUGCGGCAGGAAUGUGGAGAGCUGCUUAUGCACUGCUCUGGGCAGCUACGCCAAAGCUUGUGCCGGUCUCGGGGUUUUAGUUGGUGACUGGAGGAAAGCUACCAGCUGCACUCCAGCAUGUCCAAAGAACCAAGAGUUCUUCUAUGACAUACAACCUUUCAACCGUACAUGCCGCUCCCUGUCUGGACCUAACCCUGUGGUGGAUGACUCUCCUGUGGAGGGCUGUGGCUGCCCAGAAGGAACAUACCUGAACCAAGGAAACACCUGCACUCCAAAGGCAGACUGUGUGUGCCAUCACCAUGGUGGUAUAGCUCCUCCAGGGCCUGUUGUAAUCAACGGACGGCAGUGCCUCUGUAAGAAUGGAAAGCUGACCUGUUCUAAGGAUUGUGGAUGCAAAAAUGGGAAAGUUUGUGUACACUGCUCUGAGAACCCCAUUAAAACAGUUCAGAAAACUUGUGACAGCCUCAGCAAACCACUGGUUGAUGAUAAAGUCUGCGAGAAUGGUUGUUACUGCCCACAUGAUCAAUAUGAAGAUCACCAUGGAAACUGUGUAUCAAGGGACAACUGCACCUGUGUGUACAGUGGUAAAGUCUUCAGGGCAGGAGAGACUGUAAAAACCAACUGUAAAAACUGUGUCUGUGGUCAGGGUCAGUGGGACUGCACAGAUGAGCCGUGUCCUGGGACAUGUCAAGUCUAUGGAAAUGGACAUUAUCAGACCUUUGACUCUAAAUGGUAUCGAUUUAGUGGACACUGCCAGUACACGCUUGUAGAGGAUUACUGUGGAAAACCAAAUGGGAGCUUUUCUGUCAGAGUGGAGAGCGUACCCUGCUGUGAAGAAGUACUCACCUGUUCUCGCUCCAUUGUCCUGGACCUGCAGGGAAAAGUCACCCUGACACUGAGUGACAUGAAGGUGACCAAAAAUCUACAGCAAGGCUGGACUCUGCAGGAAAAUUCACUUUACAGUAUCGACACUGUGGGACUUUAUAUCAUAGUGUCAGUGCCGAGCAGCGGGAUAACUCUCAUCUGGGACAAACACACACGGCUCACCAUAAAACUGCAUGAAAACUGGAGGAGCAACGUUUGUGGCCUGUGUGGGAAUUUUGACUUCAAUGAGAUGAAUGACCUGCAGAUAAGUGGCUCAGCAGCGUCCAGUCCGAUGGUCUUUGGCAACAGCUGGAAGGCAGCCACUCCUCCUUGUUCUGAUGUAACUGCUGAUAUAUUUCCCUGUGAUCGCAACUCUUACUGCUCAGCCUGGGCCCAGCGGCGCUGUAUGAUUAUUAAAGGAGACACUUUCAAAGACUGUCACUUGAAAGUGGACCCAAAUCCUUACUAUCAGGCUUGCUUACUUGAGUCCUGCUCCUGUGAGUUUGAAGGGAAGUUCCUGGGCUACUGCACAGCUGUGGCAGCUUAUGCAGAGGCCUGCAGUGACCAGGAUGUCUGUGUAAAGUGGAGAACACCUGAUCUGUGUCCAAUUUACUGUGACUACUACAACAAGCCUGGACAGAGUAUUUGGCACUAUGAAGCCUGUGGUAAGAUGAGAACCUGCGGUAAAAGAGACAACCUCAGUCACAAACUGGAAGGCUGUUACCCCAGAUGUCCAAAAGACACUCCAUACUAUGAUGAGAAUAGUGGAGAAUGCACCACACUGAAGGACUGCUCUUGUUAUUUCAAUGACACAAUUGUACAACCUAGACAAGUGGUGAAAAUCAACUCUACUGAGUGCACCUCCACCCACAACUGCACCUGUUACCACACCUGCAACAAGUACUCCCAAAACAACUGCUUCGACCACUUGUCUACAAUCAUACCACCAGUGUGUGAAUGUGUAGACCUGAAGAAUAGAAAACGCUGGGCUUGUGGUGAGACAUGGACAGAAGACUGCUUCUAUAAAAGCUGUAUGAAUGGAAAGAUCAUUUUGGCAUCAGUGGCUUGUCCAGAGCCUGUAAUUCCCAACUGUCCAAGAGGCCAGGCCACAAAGGUCCCUGAUGGAUGCUGUGAAACAUGGAAGUGUGACUGCCAGUGUGAACUGUACGGGGAGCCUCACUAUAUUUCUUUUCAAGGAGUCUAUUUUGAUUUCCUGGAUCCGUGCACCUACAUCUUGGUGGAGGAGCGUUUACCACGCCAUAAUAUUACAGUUGCUGUGGACAACUCCCAUUGCAUGCCAGGCAACAAUGGCUCCUGUGCUAAAGACAUCAUCCUGAGAUAUCAAAACAAUAUUGUCAUACUCAGUAUCGACCCACAUUUGUUUACAGUACAGGCCUCUCUGAACAAUGUGACGAUACAACCACCAUAUGAAGAGCAUGGGUUAAGAUUUGAGACCACGGGGUACAUGGUGUCAGUUCAUCUCCCAAAGAUCCGUUCUUAUGUCUCCAUCAUCCCGUCUCAUAACCUGGUGGUCAAUCUGGCCAUGGAGCACUUCUUCAACAACACCCAGGGACAAUGUGGUGUGUGUGGUGGAGCAUCAUGUAUUCGCAAAGGAGGGCAGAUUGAGAAUGACGGAUGCUGUGACAAGACGGCCUAUGACUGGGUGUAUCCAGAUCCUCUGAAGCCUGCCUAUUGCAAAGGACCAAGAGGAGAGCCUAAAUUUCCUGGUGAAGUGUGGCAGUCCAACUGCAACCUGUGCACAUGUAACAACCAGACUCGGACUGAGGAGUGUUUUCCAAAACCUCCUGAGCCAGUUCCUCUCUGCGGCCCCAGUGAGGUUUUAGCAACCACCUCCUGCUGUGGUGAUCAGAUGUGUGGCGAGCAGAGAUGCGCUCCCAAGAUGUCCAGUAUCAACAUCACCAUUGACAACUGCCGCACUGUCAUACAGGUGCCUUUGUGUCAGGGCCAGUGUUCAUCUCAGCCAAGGGUGGUGUUACAUGGUGACUUGCUAGUGCAGCAUAGUGCAUGCUGUGUGGAGCAGAGCUCGGUGAAGAGAACAGUGACCCUGCAUUGUUCUGACCUCUCUACUGUACAGCACACCUACAAGCACAUCACCAGCUGUGGGUGCAGAGGUAUAGAGAGACCUGAAAUGUGCAUCACAGAUGAAAGCUAA